AUGUCUUUGUGCCAGAACAGACUUCAGGAGGAGCGCAAGCAGUGGCGGAAGGACCACCCCUUCGGCUUCUUUGCAAAGCCGCAGCGCAAUGCUCAGGGUACUCUUGACCUGAAGGUGUGGGAGUGCGGCAUCCCGGGCAAGGAGAAGACGAUUUGGGAGGGCGGCUUGUUCAAGCUGACGAUCACAUUCCCCGAGGAGUAUCCCACGAAGCCUCCCAAGUGCAAAUUCGUUCCCCCUCUGUUCCACCCGAAUGUCUACCCUUCCGGCACCGUUUGCCUGUCGAUUUUGAACGAAGAGGAGGCCUGGAAGCCCGCGAUCACGGUCAAGCAGAUCUUGCUUGGUAUCCAGAACCUGCUGGACGACCCCAACCCUGAGUCGCCUGCUCAGGCGGAGGCUUACAGUCUCUUCAAGAAGGACAAGGCCGAAUACGAAAAGAGAAUCAAGCGCGUUGUGCGGGAAAACCCUGCGCCCUAG